CUCCCUCCCUCUCUCCCUCUCUCUCUCUCUCUCUCUGUAGUGACUCUGGUUCUAUAUUUAACCUGCAGGCCUGCUCGCUCGCUCCCUCUCGCUCUCUCUCUCUUUCACACACACUUGACAUAAACGAGGCCACAGAGUUGACGAGCAGGAUGGAGGAGGAGGCUGUGUCUCAGCGCUCGGUGGCUGAACUUGCAGGACGGUUCCGAGGCCCAGCUCCUCCAGAUGAUGACCCUGAGAAGCCGGUGAGACGUCGACCUCCUCGUUCACUACAGCUGCCGAAAGCACACGGAGACGACCAGGAGCCUCCAGGUGUCACCUCACCUCUUUCUGCCAAAACCAAGAGGAACUCUGCUCUGAUCGAGAAGCUUCAGGCCUCGCUCGCUCUCUCUCCCUCGGCCCAGCUGACGUCACCGAAGAGCCCCGCCUUCAGGCUGCUGUCUCCCGCCUUCCCCCCUCCCUCCCCCGGCUCCGCCCCAGUAACCACCUCCUCCACAGCGACGCCCACUGAGGAGGAGGGCCCCGUCUCCUUUGAGGCCCCUCCCACGGUGGAGGAGGGGUCCAUCCUGUCGAGUAUCAACAAGAGCCGAGCUCGUCACUCCCUCCGGCGACGCCCUCCAUCCCGCCGCCACAGGACGUCCAGCAGCGGAGACGAGGUCGGAGUCGCUGAUGACGUAGCAGAGAAAGCAACAGCAGCAGGAGAAGAAGUUUUCAAGACAGACGAUAAAACUGAUGCUUCAACGUGUCCUGAGACAAAACAAUCAGACAAAGACGAUCAGUCAAAGACCAGAGAAGAAGACGAGGAGGAGGAGGAGGAGGAGGAGCGAGUGAAUGGACGGAUGGGAGAAGACAAGCGAGACAGACCUUCAUCAGGACGAGAAGAGGAAGACGCUGAGGAGAAAAGAUCACAAGUAGAUGUGACUGAAGGAACGGGAGAAAAAGAAGAAGAAAAGACUCCAUGAAGAUCCAGAUGUUCGGCUGAUGACGCCAGAGGGUCGUGAUGGAAAAGGCCUGAACACUGGAGACCAACAUGUUUCUUUAUCUGUGACGUGAAGACGACCUGAGGGAACUUGUACAUUAAAACAGAAGUUGUGAAUUUAUCAGCUUUUUAUCAGCUCGAAGCUUUUCUACUCUGCAGCGACACAUUUGAUCCUUUUUAUAAGAAUCUGAUGUUUUCUCAGUGGAUUGAUGACAACGAGGAAAACGAGGCUGACUUCUUCCUUCGUACCAAAAUUUAACUUUUAACAAAUGAUCUUGUUUCUUGCUCAGAGGGAAAACCUGGAGUUUUAUUUUUUUUAAACUAAUUUUUAACACGACUGAAAGUAAACGUUUUUAUUCAUUUUAAAACUGGAGACGUCAAGUUGUGACGUAAAGUCUGAAAGUGAAAUUAAAAUCAAUAUUUUUGCUAAAUUA